AGUGCACAGUGGGUAAAAAAGAUCUCUUCAAGCUUCGUCUUUGUGAUCAAUCAGACGUCUGGGAACAUGUGAUUUCCUGCUGAACCCUAAAACAUCUAGUCUUGUGUCAACAGAACCCUGCUUCAGAUUUUGCCGCAACAGCCAGCUGAGAUCUUUAUACCUUUGUGAACUCCAAAAACAUCUAAACAAGCGUUGUCUUUUCAUUGGUGGUUUCUUCACAAGUCACCGUGAGCUUUCCAUCUGUAAUUGUUAAAACCCUCAGACAAGAUCCUGGACGAUCCUGUCAUGUCUGCCGAAGCUUGUCCCCUCAGUGGGGCUCAGAUCGCUUUGUGUCGACUCGUCCAUCGUGGACCGAGACCUCAGGUCACUCUGAAACCUCUGCAAACAGAGUUGGAGCUGUAUGUGGAAAAAACUCGGGCUAAACAGAAACAAAGGAUGGAGGCGUCCUGUCUGGAGCUGGCUUUAGAAGGUGAGCGUCUGUGCAAAGCCGGAGACUUUAAAGGCGGGACGGCGUUCUUCGAGGCCGCGGUUCAGGUAGGAACGGAAGAUCUGAAGACCCUGAGUGCCAUUUACAGCCAGCUGGGAAACGCUUACUUCUACCUCAAGGAGUAUGGAAAAGCUCUGGAGUAUCACCGACAUGAUCUCACGCUCGCCAGGACGAUCGGUGACCGGAUCGGGGAAGCCAAGGCCAGCGGGAACCUGGGAAACACGCUGAAGGUCCUCGGACGCUACGACGAGGCGGUGGUGUGCUGCCAGAGACAUCUGGACAUCUCCCAAGAGCAAGGAGAUAAGGUUGGUGAAGCCCGGGCUCUGUACAACAUCGGGAACGUGUUUCAUGCGAAAGGGAAGCAGCAGAUAUGGGGAUGUUCUCAGGAUCCAGGAGACCUGCCAGGUGACGUGAGAGACACGUUACAGAGAGCCACAGCUUUCUACGAGAUGAACCUGUCUCUGGUGAAGGAGUUGGGUGACCGGGCCGCUCAGGGGCGGGCUUUCGGUAACCUUGGCAACACGCAUUACCUGCUGGGUAACUUCGUAGAGGCCAUCAAGUUUCAUCGUGAGAGACUUUCCAUCGCUAAAGAGUUUGGAGACAAAGCGGCGGAGCGGCGAGCAUACAGUAACCUCGGCAACGCGCUCAUCUUCCUCGGCCAGUUCAACUCCGCAACCGAGUACUACAGGAAAACCCUGCAGCUCUCUCGGCAGUUGAAGGACCAGGUGAUGGAGGCUCAGGCAUGUUACAGUUUGGGAAACACUUACACGCUGCUGCAGCAGUACGAGCGUGCCAUCGACUACCACCUCAAACACCUGCUCAUCGCUCAGGAGCUCAACGACAGGGUGGGUGAAGGGCGUGCGUGCUGGAGUUUGGGAAACGCCUACGUGUCUUUAGGAAACCAUCGUCAAGCUCUGCACUACGCUCACAAACACCUCGACAUCUCCCGAGAGAUCGGGGACAGGAAUGGGGAACUGACGGCUCGGAUGAACGUGGAGCGGUUGAUGGAGGUGCUGGAGGUGAAAGAGGGAGAUCUCUCUCCAUGUGGCUCAGAGUUCGAGAUGCAGGGAGCCCGGCCGAAGUUUAAGAAGAGGAACAGUAUGGACAGUGUGGAUCUGUGGAAGUACACCUCUGAAAAGAACGGAGAUGGACACGAUGUGGACGGCGUGUCCCGGAGGUCAAAACAUCAGCUGUCUCAAUCCAGCAGGAGGAAAAAGUACACAGAGAGCCAGACGUCAGAGGACAGGCAGUGGCUGGACUCACCUGUGGACACAGAUGAUAUCACUGUACAGGUAACACCACAGAAGCUGGGUCGAGACCCCUCCGAUGAGGACUGCUUCUUCGACCUGCUCAGUAAGUUCCAGAGCAGCCGCAUGGACGAUCAGCGCUGCCACCUCAGCGAGGAUGCUAACGGUCAGGACACACACAGCGAUGACGCCGCGGACUCGGCCAUCAGCGACAUGAUCGACGCCAGCCUCCUAGCCUCGCCCCAGACGGAGGAGCUCUUUGAUCUGAUCGCCAGUUCACAGAGCCGCCGGCUGGACGACCAGCGGGUCAGUGUGGGGAACCUGCCGGGCCUCAGGAUUACCCACAAUAACCUGGGGCACCUGCGCGCCGAAGCCGAGCCUCAGGAGCCCAGCGACGAUUUCUUCAACAUGCUCAUCAAGUGCCAGUCGUCCAGGAUAGAUGAUCAGCGGUGUUCUCCUCCUGAAGGCGGCCCCCGCGCCCCCACUGUCCCGGACGAGGACUUCUUCAGCCUCAUCCAGAGGGUUCAGGCCAAACGCAUGGACGAACAGAGAGUCCAGCUUCCCUCUGAGAACCACUCUGAUAAUGAGAACGCUGCUGGAGACUCCAGCUAGAGCACAGAGAGAGAGAGAGAGAGAGAGAGAGAAAGAGAGACAGAGAGAGAGAGGACGAUGGACGAGAAGUCUGGACUGUGGUCCACGGCAUGGUCUGGCUGUGUUCUUUUGUCCGUGUGACUCUGUGCACUGUAUUUCCUCCAACGUUCUCCGUGUUCAUUAGACACCAGCCUCUAGUGUUGUACUGUAGAAGUGUGCACUCCGCUAGCCGCUAAUCAACAUUCUGUGUGUCUCCGUUCGUUUAAAAGCGGUGUGACGUGACGCGUCGACGCCUCCGAGCCUUUCGGGUCGUCGUCCCUCCAGCAGCCGUGACACGUGACACGUCCAGCCUCAGUGUUGGUUUCCUCUUUAUCGUAUCAUUCAAAUGAUGCAGGAAACAAUUCACAACCAGGUGCUUUUUCUGUCUUUACAUUUCUUUUCUUUUUUUUUUUAAUAGCAUGUUGUUGUAUAUUUAUUAUCACAUUGGUGGAGAAAAAGACUGACAUAGCAACGACUGUGAAAAACACAUUGUACAUUUCUUACAUUAAGUAGCCUAGAUAAGGUCAUGUAAAUGAUAUAUCACGUUAAAACAAAAAACGUCUAAGUUUAAGUAAAAAAAAAAAAAAGGAGGCGGGGUUGGGUGUUGGUUUUUAUCUUUUGUGAUGAUGAUGAUGAUGAUGAUGAUGAAUGCUUUCGACUUGCGCUAUAGCUAAAUGAGCCGUACUGUAACUAAGUGGUCGCUUUUCUUUGCACCUAUUUAAAAAACAAAAAAAACAAAAAAAAAACACAGAUUUGUGGGCGGAGCUAGAAAUACCACAGAUCACUGAUCAAUCCAAAGCUCUGGGUGGCAAAGUCAGAGUUUUAUCGAGUUAAAUAUUUUUAUUUUUUUUUAUUUAUUUACUAAAUGCUCUCUAAAAGGAUCUAUUCAUUAUAGAUGAUGAUGAUGAUGAUAUAUAAGGCUUGACUGCAGAUGCUCACUACAUAGUGACACAGAACACCAUUACUAUAGUGUAGUAUUUCUUGUUGUUGCCAAAAGUAUUGGCCUCCCCCCUCGAUGUGCUAUCCACCUGGUGUAUUAACUAGUUUACUAACCGAUCAGGAGAAACAACUUGGGUUCAAAUUCUGCUCCCGAAAUCUCAGAGAUCCUGACCCGAUCCCGAUUAGGUCACGGAGCAGAGCGUGGGAUUUAUUCCGAGGGAAGGAGAAAGAGGAAGUGGUAAAGGUCAGAAGGGUUUAUUCGGAGUGUCUGAUCUGAUCCAGGGUCAGCGUUACGCCUCGGCUCGGACUGACUCCAGGUCAGAGAGGGACACAGUGAACUGACUUUAGAUCAGUGUGUGUGAAUCUUUAUCUUUAUCGCCACCUGCUGGUUCUGAGCUUUCAGUUCAGCUGACCAAAAACCUCGAGUCGAAACACAAGACGGAAAAACUGAAGGAGAGAAAAGUUCAGAAAUGUAUUUGAUUAUUUUUUCCCCGUGAAAUUUAUUUAUUAAGCUUUCUUUAAUUCAUAAUCUGAUGUUAGUGCCUAACAUGUCAGCCUCCUGUCUUUCUUUCUUUCUUUCUUUCUUUCUUAAUUUCCACUUGUUAUUCCUUCCUUCUUAAAUUUUCUUUCUUUUUUUUUUUUUAAUUUUCUUUCUUUUUAUCUCCCCACUCCUCUUCCUUUUCCUUAACUCCCUUUUAUUUAACUCUCUUCCAAUUUCUUUCUUUCUUUCUUUCUUUCUUUCUUUCUUUCUUUCUUUCUUUCUUUCUUUCACCCUAAACAAAUUGAAAAAAAAAGAAGAAUUCUAUGAUAAACAGUGUAUUAUAACAUGACAGAGUUUAUUAACGAGAUUUUUUACCUAAUUGAAAAAGUAAAAGAUUCUGACGACUCGUGUGGAAUAGAUAGAAAUGAUAAAGUGAUAAAAUGGUAGAAAUAUAAAUCUAUUUAAUUCUAUAUAACUGUGUUAAGUUGGGUGCAGUUUAUUAAAAAAAUAUGAAAGCUAUGCUUUUUAUUUUAGCUCCAGAGCUAACUGUACAUAUCUCUAGCCGAAUCCUUUAAAGAGUUAAAGAUUUAAAUAAUGAAAUAUUAAUAUCUGAUGAAUGUCUGAUAUCAGGAGUUUGAUGGGAGUUUAUCUGAAAUGAUUCGUCGCUAUGUUUUUACCGGUCAAUCACUGCCAUAAUGUCCAUUUUUGUAUUUAUUUCCUGUGUUUGGACGAGAUCAUGUCCACUUUUCAACAUUUGAAUAAAAUGUUGAUGAAAGA